GCGUUGAGCCGGAAUUGCCGCUACCGUCACUGGUCAUCACGUGAACGGGGGAAACACCACUAAGUUGGUGUUCCUAAAUCGGCCAACAAUUUGUUAAAACCGUUUGUUGAGAAGAUUGUGUCGGCAACGGUGUACGAUCGUUGAAACUAGACCAGACAAGGCAAAUCUGCGGUCGGUGCUCAAGUAUUAAAAGAAGAACCUGUCUAUAGCUUUCCACACCUCCGAGUGUUUUCUAUAACCAGCACCAGCAGUACCAGCAGUGUAUAGUGUAUGCUAUCGUAGCAUAUUUAUGCCCCGAGCUCACCUGUAAUUCAAUCCGGAGGAAUGGUUUAAAGCAACGAAAACACGCAUAUGUUGCAUAAUUCUAAUCGAGUGCUGCUCUCAUGACCGGUACCAUCAUCACAUCAGUUACCCAGGGAACGGCACCUCGAUGCCGAAUUACUCGUUCGGAACCAGUGUGUCUUGAAGUUGGCAGCGUUUUACUAACCGGAACUCGCUGAAAGGCAAGAUCAUUCGAUUGCUACUAUGUUGCGAACGUGCGUUUGAAUGGCAACAGCACAGUGGACAGCCGGAUAAAAGAAGGCCCCCGCGUGUGAUUGGAGGUUAUGUGGUAGAGGAAAAAGGCCGUUAGCAAGUCACCACAAGUACAGAUUCUCCGAACGAUCCCGUAUCCCCCACCAGCACGAUGUCGUCGUACGAUAGUCAAAACCUUCUCCCCGGCAACGGUGGCCGGAUAAAUGGAGGCAACAUUAGCGUCGUUAGCAGCCGUAGCGGUGCAACGACAGCCCCGCACAAUGAGACAGAAAAGGCUCCGUUCUUGGAAAAAAUGGAACCGGUGCGGCUUACACCGGCCUGGGAAGAGCACAAUCUUCCGAACGAUGAGCUCAACUUCAGGGGGAUGACAAUGGAGCGGGCCAAGAUGGAGCUAAAUCCACCGCGAGACAAACUGCGACUCGUCUUUCUCACGCUGAUGAUCCACGGCAUCGGUACGCUAAUGCCAUGGAACAUGUUCAUCACUGCCAAAUCAUAUUUUGUAGAUUAUAAAUUGAGUCAAAACUACACGGGCGUGGAAUUAGAAUAUGGAACGUACUUUCUCGCGUACGUUGGAUUUGCUUCUCAGGUUCCAAACCUUCUGUUUAAUUGGCUCAACAUUUUCAUGAACCUUGGUGGCAAUCUCACGAAACGGAUCGUUUACAGCAUUCUCAUAGAGGUGAUCGUCUUCGUCGUUACGGUAGUGCUGGCCAUGAUCAACUCGUCCGAAUGGCCCGGUGCAUUCUUCUGGAUCACGAUGACCACGGUGGUGAUUUUGAACAUGGCUGGUGGAAUUUAUCAAAACACGGUGUACGGGAUGGCCGCGAAGCUACCGUUCAAGUAUACGGGCGCGGUCGUUCUUGGCUCGAACAUCAGCGGCACGUUUGCGUCAAUCAUCUCGAUUCUCAGCUCCCAGUUUGCAUCCUCCGUGAGGACGGCAGCAAUCUACUACUUCAUUACCGCAAUGUUUGUGCUGUUGCUCUGUUUCGACACAUACUUUGCGUUGCCAUUGAAUAAAUUCUAUCGCUACCAUGAGCUGCUCAAGGAAAAGGAAAUCGAAUCGAACCAACGGGCAAAUGUGAGUUCCCGGCCACCGUACUGGACCAUCUUUAAGCAAGCGUUCCCGCAGCUAUUCAACGUGUUCUUCGUGUUUUUCAUCACCCUGGCCGUGUUUCCGGCCGUGCAUUCCGACAUCAAGCGCUCGGAUAGCAACUUCAUCAUCGAGGACGAGCUGUUCGUGAGUAUCUGUUGCUUCCUGACGUUCAACGUGUGCGCCAUGCUCGGUAGCCUGCUGACGUCCUGGGUAACCUGGCCCAAGCCCAAGUACCUGGUAUGGCCCGUAGUAUUGCGGGCAGCCUUUCUGCCACUGUUCCUCUUCUGCAACUAUCAGCCGCUCAACAUUUCGCGCGUCCUGCCCGUCUACAUCGAUCACGACUGGGUGUACUGGGGCAUCGCGAUCGUGAUGGCCUUCAGCUCCGGAUACUUCAGCUCGCUCGGUAUGAUGUACGCACCCCAAUCGGUGGAACCACAGUACGCAAUGACGGCCGGUAUGUUUGCGGCCGCCAUGCUUAUUACCGGUAUCUUUACCGGCAUUCUAUUCUCGAUGGUGUUCCCGAUGGUGGUACAGUAUAACUUCCUCGAAUGGCUUCACUAGGCCUGGCUUUGGGGAAUGGACGUGUACGACGGGUACGUUUCGUAACCGGCAUACGUCCCAUUCCCAACGAGAGAGUAAUAUCGCAGCGUGGUGGUCUGAUUAUGCGCAAAGUAACGAUCAUUAGUGGGUCAUUUGCGCACACAGUUAGGUUUUAAAGUCUUCUCCCAAAAUCAUAUCUACUUGCUCAGAUGGAAUGAAUGCAAGUUACGUUUUUAAGGCGUUCACUAUCGUCACUACCAAACUUUCGCAGAAAAGUUCCGUAUCAGUGCGUGGUGAUAAAGAAUCGCACAAAUUUCUCCUUUCCCCAUUUUAUUUUGUUUCUACUGUGCUUUCUAUUGAUGCUGAAUUAACGUCGUUUAAAGGGCUUUAAGCUUUAAUUUAAGAUGUUUCAAAAUUAUUAAUUAUCCUAAAUAUGGAUUUGUAUGGCAGGUUUAAUAACAUAAUCGGUCAAGGAGGUGGUCCCGGUGGUGUAAGCAAAUAGCGGCACCAAUCUUUCACACGACAGCACCGGUAACAGAUCCCAUCCGACACUAUUCUCCUUAUUCCGAGUUUCGAACGGAUAACUCAAACGAAAAAAUCGAUACGCUUACUCACUUUGGCAGGUUUGAUUGUUAGUUAGGCAGAGCGAGAAAGCAUGUUUUGCGUUUGGGUUG